AUGACCGCUGCACGCGAUUUCGUUCACGAUCAACGGUUCGAUCAGAUCUUUGUGUUGCCCGCGGAUCCAGCUAGUGGUCGAACCACUCCUUUCACAAUCCAGUAUGCCGACUACGGAUACCGUAACCAGGAUUUGCCCGGUGAAGAAGUCGUUUUCCUCUUUUAUGGACCAUUGGUGGGAUCCCGCUUGGCUCAUAUUGCAAAAGACGAACUUGCCAAACGGCAUAAAAUCCGCAUCAUAAAUCCCGAAAGACCGGGGAUGGGUGGUACUGACACUGUUGGUGAAGGGGACUACAUGAGCCUAUGGCGCACCGCCAUUGCGGCACUGCUAAAGCAUCUCGAAAUCAAUCACGUGGCUCUAGGCUGUCAUAGCGGCGGGACGGUAUUUGCACUUGAUAUGCUGCUGCACCAUCCCGAGCUUCUCCACCCAAGAAGGCCUGGAUAUAUUGCAAUUGGGGCACCCUGGCUUCUGCCUUCGCAUACAGGGUCCAAGAUGAUGUCCAUGGCUGGUUUUCUGCCAGCUGGUGUGGUCGGCCAAACGGACAAGCUGUUAAAAGUGAUGGGUAACCAUGUGGUACCUAUGAUCGGUCUCAGUUCGGGGAUUUUCUCUGGUAUUCUGAACACUCUCAGCCAAACCACGCCUCAAACGAGCAACGAGUCUACGAAUGACCAAAGUGAAGACGUCAAACUUGAAGAAGAACUUCAGCCUGAGAUUAUGAAGAGAGUAUUCGCCGCAAAUAUGGAAGGCGUAUCGACCGAUGCCAUUUUGUUAUUGCAGAAAGGUAAUUACAGCCAAUCUGGAUGGGGGGACUGGGGCGAUUAUGAUAAACUUGUGCCACGUUUAGAGCAGGCUCUUGUCGAUGCCGGGAGAAGAUUGAGAGUCGAUAUAUUUUACGCUGAGAAAGAUGCACUCAUCGGAGACGGGGGUUCAAGAGGUCCGUUGUGGUUCGAUCAGUGUUGGAAGGAAGCGCAAGAGGGUGUAAUUGACCACGACAGUACUACUAUUAUGGGGGCUGACCAUGACGAUAUCUGGGACUUGAAAUGGGACGCAGCAGGGACCGCAUUUGGGAAGAUGAGCCAAUUUGCUAAUGAACCUUAA